AUGGACGGCGAGGGGGACGAGAGCUUUGACGAUGACUGGUGGGACUCGCUGGCGAUCGAUCCAGUGACAGAUACGCAGCUCCAGGAACUGGAGCUGCAGGCACAGGCAUCCGGGAGCGUCACGACCCCGGCCCCGAGCUCAGAAGGCUCGCUGCAGACCCAGCUCCAGGAACUUCGCGCGCUGCAUGCCGAGCAACAAAAGCUCAUUGAUACCCUUACACGACAAACACAGCAGCAAAAAGGAGAGAUCUCGGUAGUGCGUGCGAACUGGAGCCGCGUUCAGGAGCAAAACUCGGGACUGCAGCACCAAAAUGCAGAGCUCGAGGCAGAGUACCGCCAGCGCCUCGAGCGCAUCCAGCAAGAGAACCGGCGGCAGAUGGAGAAGCUCGAGACGGCCGCUGCGUUUCGGCGCAUUGAGCAGGAUACAAGUCGCACGGCAUGGCCGUCGACGCUGCGGCGACGGCCGCCCGUAAUGCUCCACGAGCCGAACUCGUCCAAGCGCACGCCGGGACAGGGCAUACUCACGACACCAACACGCACGCGCAUUGUGCAUCAUACCCACUCGCCGACAUCGUCGCAAACUCCCGUCUCGCCCCUUUCUCUCACACGCCGGAAACGGUCGCUGCCUGCAGACGACGAGCCGGUGAGCCCAUCGCGCACACGCAGCGCCAAGGUGCAGCAGACCCAAGGGAAAAAGGCCGAGUUUCCGCGGUUUGUCAACUCGUUUCUUCCCCCGCCGCCGACGGGGCUCACGACGCCGGCGACACGGACGCAAGUCAAGUCGCCGCCUUCGAGUCAGCUCGCUGCGACACGAAGCAGCUCGCCCGCGACCCCGUCGCCGGAGCUGCGUGCAGUCGAGGUCGAGACGAGCUUGCCGGUACCCGACGCCACGACCUAUGUGCUGACUGUUCUGUUCUGCUACCGGACGCGGUGGGCGACGCAUGUCAUGUGCCAGCCGUACAUUCCGCUGCCGCCGCCUGCCACGCUGCCUGGCACGGCCUACUUUCCGCUGGGCCCAGGGCUCCACCCGUGGAGUAGUGCGCUGGAUCCGGAUGCGCCGGUCGGCCGUGCAGGCCCCGGCCCGCCGCCGAUGCUAUUGCACCUGCUCUCGAUGCAGCUGCCCAGCUGCGUGCCUGACGUGCUCCGCCGGCGAUUUUCCCACGCGGCCGACACGCUCUGGACGUGCGUCACAAAAGGAAGCUCGUACAGCGUCUUUCUGGCAGAGUGUGGGCACGUCGUCGACGAAGUGCUGCGCAAGGCCCAAGGCGAACAUGCGACGCGCGACGCGAUGGAUGCGGCCAUUGAGCGCGUCUGGGAAACGCAGGCAGCCUCGCUCUAUGGCACGGUCGCUGCAGCGCUGCGCGUACUCACCGGCCUCUUUUUGCGUUUGAACUGGACCCAUCAUGUCGCUGCGAUGCUCAACUGGAUGACUUCGCUCGGCGUCGCGCACCCCGGCUUUGUUUUUUUCUUCCUGAAAAAGAUGCAGUACCUGGACUGGAGUGCGCCCGACGAGGAAAAGAAGGAAAAUGGAAUGGUACCAAGCAGCCAGGACGAUCUCGACAUGCUGCCCUCGUCGCAGGAUACCGAGGUCCCGAGUGCGCCAGACGUCCAUCUGGGCACGCCCACGAGCCUCGUCAAGAUGCUCAUCGAGUCGAUUCGCAAGAGCCACAUCGUGCCGCUCUCGGUCGCGUCGCCCGCGUCGCAGGUCGAGACAGAAGGACAGAGUGUGCCGGUGUGGGACAUGGGCGAGUCGGCACGCACCGCGCUCCUUGUAUCCGUGCUGCGCUGCGCCAAGGUGCUUGCAUGGAACGUCGGCGGGACCGGCGUGCACGAGCUCCAGCCGCUCUUUCAGGAGCCAGGCGUGCUGCUUACGCUCCUCGACGGCCCUGCGUGCGUGCCCCAGAUCCUCCUGCAUGCCGUCGAGCUGCUCACGCUGCUGGUGCCCGAUCCCUUGACGCUGCACAUUGCACUUGCGAGUCCGUACGACAAAGCACUGCAGCCCCGUGCGCCUGCGCGCCUCCUCCAAGUGCGCUUCCCUGUGGUGGAUAUCCUGGCCAAGCACCUAGUCGAUCGGCGGGGCGACACGUCGGCCGUGCACAUACACCGCUUCCACCGCGCCGUGCUCCUAUUCAUGUCGGCCGCGGCGCGGCAUGGCGACACGGCGGUCAUCUUUAGCGAGUCGGUGCCUCUUCUCCCCGCGCUGAUCCAGUGUCUCAGCUGGGACACGGAAGAGGUGUGGAGCGGCCCCGCUGGACAAGAGCGUACCGAGCGAGCGCUGGAGCGCGUAUGCCUCAGCACGCGUCUCUUGCACCAGCUCUACACGCCCGAGACGAGCGCAGGCCGCAGCCUCGCAGAAAAGCUCCUGUCGACGCAGGCCCAAGCAAUCCUCAACGGCAUCCGCCACGCGUUCAUCGUCGCAAUGGGCCGGACGGCGUUUGCGCGCGAGCCGAGCUGGCUCAGCGUGCAUGCGCCCGGCGGCGACUCGCAAGAGCGCAGCCGCAUGCGCUCGCAGCUCGAGAAUGCCGCCGUGCUCGCAGGCGACCUCAUCGACCUGGUUCUUUCCCCCAGCGAAACGGAUGAGAUCUACGAACUCCUCGCCGAGGAUCAUAUGGCAUAG